CCAACCUCACCUCCGCUUUCCCUUCUCCACGUCCACCCCGUUACUCUUUCUACGCGUCACUGCGUGUCCUUCUUUACCUUUUCCUCCUCGGUUCACUACCACACUCUUUACAGAACCAUUGUAACACAUAACCUGCGAUACCUACGCCAAACAUCGGCACCCCUAACCAUACUGAUUGCAACACCUGUUUCGACAACAUGCGAUUCUCCAUUCUUGCUUCGAUCGCCUUGGUCGCUGCGCCGGCUCUAGUAUCCGCUGCCGGCACUCUGGGAUUCGCAUUGGGUACGAAGAACGCCGAUGGAUCCUGCAAGGGCCAGUCCGACUACGAGUCUGACUUCGAUGCCAUUUCUUCUGCUUCUGGAUCCAAGCUGGUGCGAGGUUACUCCGCGUCCGACUGCAAGUCCGCAGCUUCCAUCAUGCCGGCGGCCCAGUCGAAGGGUUUCCAGGUCGUGCUAGGAAUCUGGCCCGAUGUACAAGAAUCCUUCGAUGCAGACUUAAGCGCUAUCACAGCCGUUGCUCCAAAAUACGCGAAUAGCAUCUACGGCGUUACAUGCGGAUCCGAGACCCUUUACCGUGGCAACUUCACCGGCGAGGUGCUUGCGGACAAGAUUAAGACAGUCAAGACGGCGCUUAAGGGCGUUACUUCGACCCCUAUCAAGGUUGGCACUGCGGAUAGCUGGAACAAAUUUGCCGACGGAACUGGCGAUGCUGUCGUCAGUGUGGCGGACAUGAUCUUUGUCAAUGCCUUCGCUUUCUGGCAGGCCCAGGGCUUGGACAAUGCCACCAAGACCUACUUUGAUGAUAUCAUGCAGGCUUUCGGCCACAUCCAGACCGUUGCUGGCGGCCCUGACAAGGCCCCUGAACUCUGGAACGGCGAGACUGGCUGGCCUACUGAUGGUGGCACCGAUUACGGUGCAGCCAAGGCUGGAACUACAAACGCUAAGACCUACUACCAAUCCGCCAUUUGCGGCAUGCUCGCGUGGGGCGUCAAUCUCUUCUACUUCGAGGCCUUUGACGAGCCAUGGAAGCCCGCCAGCAUUGGCGACAACGGCAAGCCGGCCGACGAGACGCACUGGGGCGCCAUGGAUGCCAAUCGCGGCAGCAAGUUCAGCCUCAAGUGCUAGAUCCGUUUCCCUUUUGAACUGCGCGGAUAUGUAUAUCUUUAAGGAGGCUCCGGAGAGGUGCAGACGGCGUAGACUGCGUGUAUAAAAUAUAGGACCUGCAAUUGUAAACCUGCAUGGUGUUGGUCGUUAGGAUACGAGGAGAGAGCGAUGCGGCCUGCCUCUUUGAGUGUCUUGAGGCUAGCUGAAUCUAUAGAAAUGGAAACCUGCUUGCUUG